GAGAGAAGCAGCAAACUUGUCUCCUCCUCUUGCCAAGGCUGGGCCGAAGCUUGCCGCAGUAGUUCUCGCGCAUCUGGAGAGUGAGAACUUUGAGACGAACACGGCCUCCCCAGUGGUAGCAGAAAAGGAAGCAAGUGCGUUUGUUUCUGCUGCUGAGAAGCGCAUCGAAGAUCCGGCGUUUCACCCGCAAGUACUUAGGCUCCUGCUAGGAC